AUGUCUCCGCGCUGUGGAGACACCAGUCUCUGCGCACGCGGUGAGAGACCCCUCCGCCCUGCGCCUGAUCUUGAUCCCACAGCUCUCAAAACCAUACAUGUAGUAAUAUAUUAUCCCAAUGAUUUCAAAGAUGCAUUGUGUCUUUCUGAGGUCUCACAAGGGGAAAAAUCAGGCCAGCCACCAAAUUUUCCCACCAAUGUAUUGUUCUGGGGUAAAGAGACUCAAGUUAGUACAUUUGGACCUUGUUUAGAGGAUAAUCAUCAAGGCAUUGCAACAGCUGCUUCGUUUCAACCCACUAGCUCGUCAUCAUUGGCAUCGGCAAGUAAUAAGCCAGACGAGAUGCUUAUAAUUGACAUUCCAAGACAGGUUAACGAACAGGAAGAUGAAAGAUCGCAUGUCCCUUAA